CCUUGUUCUUGAGGUCACCUCUCUCUCUCUAUCUCACUCACACACACACAAUCUCUCUCCCUCUCUCUCUCCCAUAUUUCUAAGAGAAGGAUAUAUCUUCAAUGGGAAGGAAACCUUGCUGUGACAAACGCCUAGGGUUGAAGAGGGGUCCAUGGAGCAAUGAAGAAGAUCACAAGCUCAUCAACUUCAUCCUCACCAAUGGCAUCCAUUGCUGGAGAAUGGUUCCCAAGCUUGCAGGCUUGCUGAGGUGUGGAAAGAGCUGCAGAUUAAGAUGGAUGAAUUAUCUGAGACCUGAUCUUAAAAGAGGGGCUUUAUCUGAUGCUGAAGAGGAUCAAAUUAUACAACUUCAUGCCCGUCUUGGCAACAGGUGGUCUAGGAUAGCCUCCCACUUUCCCGGGCGCACAGACAACGAAAUAAAGAACAUCUGGAACACCCGCAUCAAGAAAAGGCUGAAGCUCCAAGGAUUGGACCCACUCACCCAUAAACCUAUAAUUGAUCACCUUCAUCAUUGGGAUCAGGAUCAAGAGAAAUAUGAUCAAACGGCAGAGAGCGAUCAUGUUCAUUCUAAUAAAGAGAAAACAGCUGAAGCAAAAUUAGAAACCAACAUGAAUAUCAUCACAACCACAGCAGAUCAUCAUCAGCAGGAAUUAAUCUCCCAGAAUGAGCAGCAGCAGCAAGAAAAUGGAGGAGAAUUAGGGGCAGCAGGGAAGGGGAUGAUGAAUAUGGCGGUACUGUCAGAUGAAGCCACUGAUGAGCUUCUGCAGAGCCACGAGAUUUUCUAUGGAAUUGGAAGCUUGGAAUUAGAAGAAGGAGGAGGAGGAGGAGGAGGAGGAGAAGCGGCGGGGUUCAUGUGGAUGAAGGAAUUAGCAAUUACCACUCCCAGCAGCAGCAGCAGCCCUUCAGCUUCUUUCUCUGUGGAUGAACUUUCUCUCAACUACAACUGCCCUUCUAAUUCUAAUUCCAUGGAAGAUCAUUCGUCGUCGUCGUCGUCUUUGCAACAUGAGUUGCAAUGGGUGGAUGGAAUUGUUGAUUCCAUGCUUUCAUGCUGGGACGGUUUUAGCUAGAGCUAGAAGAUGAUGAGCUUUUCAUU